UGUUCCUGUGUGCACUAUACAUACCUCCUGAUCGUGUUCGCGAUGAUACACUGAUCGAAGCUCACACACAAUCAGUCUUGUCAGUGAUAGAAAUGACUAAUGCUUCGGACGAAAUCAUCAUUAUCGGUGAUUUCAAUCUGCCAGGAAUUUCGUGGAGUUCCUCCUGCAACGGGUUCCUUCACAUAGAUAUGGAACGAUCUUCAUUACACAGUCACGCCUCCAAACUCCUCGAUUACUACAGCACAGCCACGUUACGUCAAAUCAAUCACGUUACCAACGAAAAUAAUCGCAGCUUGGAUCUGUGUUUUGUUAGCGCUCAGGACGCUGCUCCGCUAAUUUUGCAUGCUCCAUCACCGUUAGUUAAAGUAGUUAACCAUCAUCCUUCGUUGAUACUCAAGCUGAACAACACGCGAGCCAAUGUUGUUGCAUCGAUCGAGCCCAUAAUCUACAAUUUCCAUAACGCCGAUCAUCAUAGCAUUGCUGAAUUCUUUGCUACAUUGGACUGGGUUGACAUUCUUGGCGGUUGUGAUGCAGAGAAUGCGGCAUUGACUUUAUCGCAUAUUAUUGGACACGUGAUUGAAAGACAUGUUCCUAAGAAAAUCGUCGCUCCUUAUAGUUGUCCUUGGCAGACCCGUCAGCUUCGUAGAAUGAAAACUGCUAAAAGAGCUGCUCUCAAGCGCUAUUCCAAACACGGUCCGGAUGGCAUUCCGUCUGCGUUCUUGAAAAGGCACAUCGAACUUCUGCUCGCUCCCUUUCAAUUGAUUUUCAACAAAUCGCUAUCCAGUGGACUUUUUCCGUCCGUGUGGAAAACCGCUACAAUGUUUCCCGUGUACAAGAAGGGUGAUCGAAAAGAUGUCAACAAUUAUCGCGGCAUCUCAUCCUUGUGCGCUGCAUCCAAAUUAUUCGAGCUAGUUAUAACAGAACCACUCAUAUCUCACUGUAAGCAACAUCUGAGUGCCGAUCAACAUGGGUUCAUCUCAGGCAGAUCUACGACCACUAAUCUUUUGUGCCUAACUUCGAGCAUUACCGACAGCUUUGUGCAGAAAGCACAAACGGACGUUGUAUAUACGGACCUAUCUGCAGCUUUCGAUAAAAUUAACCACGCUAUCACGGUUGCAAAAUUGGAAAGAUUUGGCAUUGUUGGUUAUCUUUGCGCUGGUUCCAUUCAUAUCUCACCGGACGGAGACUGUCUGUUACGGUAG